AUGAGCAUCUCGGCAACUAGUCAUUCUAGCGAAACAAGCUCCUCGUAUACCAAGCCAAAGAAGGAUCGUCAUGCUGGGACCAGUCGGGGCUUAGCCUGGGGAGUGCUGGACCAAGUGCGGGCUGAGUUCAACAAAUGGAAGAAAGAACAAGCUGAGGCUGGCCCCGGGGGGAUGGAAAGCAAUCUGUUCCGAGCGCCGUUCACUCAAGACAUCAUGGACCAACCGUACCCUAUGGACCUUCGUGUGCCAGGAAGUAAGGAUUACUCUAGGCGGACUGAUCCGGAAGAAUACAUUAACUCCUACCACGGAAACAUGCUGAUGAUGGGGGUGUCCGAUGCUGUAAUGUGCCGGGCGUUCUAUUCGACCCUGACUGGUCGGGCGGCCGAAUGGUUCGCUUCUCUCGAACCAGGAUCCAUUGCCGAUUUUGCCGAGCUUGCGAGGAAAUUCAUUCACCGGUUUGCAAUCUCGCGGGCUGCCAAGAAACACUUCACCUCCUUGGAAAAGGCCAAGCAACGAGAAGGCGAGUCCUUGACCCUUUUUAGCGAAAGGUGGAAGGCCGCCGUGGCGGAGAUAGAGCCGGUAGAUGAUCGCACCGCGGUCAACUUACUACUCUCUGCGCUACGAGCGGGGCCUUUAUAUCAAGACCUCGUUCUCCACCAGCCGAAUACAUACCAAGAAGCCUUGAGGAGGAUGGCCGACCACGCUGUGGCCGAAGAAGCCAACGCUGCUAAGCGCUUGUUAGAAACCGGAGGACAAGGUCGGAGAGAUGUGAGACGACAGCCCGACCCCAGAAGGAAGGAUCAGGAUGGGAAUCCGAUCUACACUCCCCUAUCGAGGCCGAUCGGAGAGAUCUUGGAGUACGCUCAGUCCUGCAAUAUGAUUCAACUCCCGGCCCCGGCGCGAGAUGGCCCCGACAAAGACAAAUACUGCGCCUAUCACAGGAACCGGGGGCACGAAACUGAUGAGUGCCAUGUCCUCAAAGGGCUGAUUGAAGACCUCUUGCGCUCGGGAGAACUGGCGCAAUUUGUUGCCGAGAAGAAGAAGAACCGACGCCGAGGGUGGAAGAAAUAUUUCAAGAAGUCUGAUAAAGGGAAGAAGGAUAAGGAGCCGGAACCCGACCGUGACCCCCCUGCCACCGGGUCGAAACAGAUCAUCCACAUUAUCUUCGGCGAACCACAAGGGGGUGAUGAUCCAGACCGUCGACGAGUUUGGUCGAGGGACUUGCCCGUAUGCUCGAUCAGCUCCAGCCAACCCGAGAAGAGAAUGAAGGACGAGCCGAUAACCUUCACCGACCGAGACCUCCCCCUCGGCGGAGACCAAUCCGUUGAGGCGCUGGUUAUUACCGUUGAUAUUUGCGGAGCAGAGGUCCGAAGGGUGAAGGUGGACACUGGCAGCAACGUGAACGUCUUGUAUCUGGAGGCGUUCAACAAGUUGAAAAUCGGGAAGUCAGCCUUGACGCCGGUCCGUACCCCUCUGUCGGGUUUCACGGGCGAUAUGAUCCACCCUGAGGGAAUGGUCGUCCUCCCUGUGGAAGUCGGAGUUUAUCCCAAGAUUCUGAAAGUGGAAAUGGAAUUUAUCGUCGUCAAUCUGGCGUGCGUUCACAACGUGAUUUUGGGCCGACCUAGAAUAACCCGGUGUCCACUACGGGAGCAAGGUGCCCAUUUAUGGUCCUCAGACCGAUCUUUGUGGGAGUAA